AUGUCCGUCUCUGGUGCCCUAGGACUCUCCCAGAUGCGUCCGAUAUUCUCAGGAUACCCUUUCCAAGGCCAGGGCCGCGUGAACCAGCUGGGCGGCGUGUUCAUCAACGGGCGGCCGCUGCCCAACCACAUCCGCCUCAAGAUCGUGGAGAUGGCGGCGGCGGGCGUGCGCCCCUGCGUGAUCUCGCGGCAGCUCCGCGUGUCCCACGGCUGCGUCUCCAAGAUCCUCAACCGGUACCAGGAGACCGGCUCCAUCCGGCCCGGCGUCAUCGGCGGGUCCAAGCCUAAGGUAACCACGCCCGACGUCGAGAAAAAGAUCGACGACUAUAAAAAGGAGAACCCGGGCGUGUUUUCAUGGGAGAUCAGAGACAGGCUGGUGAAGGAGGGCAUCGUGGACAAGGCCUCCGCGCCCUCGGUCAGCUCCAUCAGCAGGAUCCUCCGCGGCGGCAAGAGAGACGACGACCCGAGGAAGGACCACAGCAUCGACGGCAUCCUCGGAGGCUCGAUCUCAGACAGUGAUACGGAGAGCGAGCCGGGGAUCCCCAUUAAGAGGAAGCAGCGCCGCGCCAGGACCACCUUCACCGCCGAGCAGCUGGAGGAGCUCGAACGCGCCUUCGAGAGGACGCAGUACCCCGACGUGUACACGAGGGAGGAGCUCGCGCAGAGGACCAAGCUCACCGAGGCCAGAGUCCAGGUGUGGUUCAGCAACAGGCGCGCCCGGUGGCGGAAGCAGAUGACAGGUCAAGGGAUGGGCGUCACAGCUCUCAAUGCCCUCGCUAUGACGACAACCUACCCCGGCAGCCUUCCGCCCACUCUCCACCCGCCCACCACAGCGCCCGCGCCUAUUACUUCUUCCACUACCACAGCUUCUACCACUAUGGGCGGUUCCUCACAGCAUUACUCCGCUCAUGACCACGCCCAUGCUGCGGCCGCGGCUGCGGCGCACCACGCCCACGGAGACGCCAACGCCUGGUCCCGCGCUGCCCUCAUGAACCAGCAGGUCGCAAGCGGCGGCGGAAGCAGCGGCGCAGGGACAGGGAGCGGCAGCGGUGGCGGCGGAGCAGGAAGCGGCGGAGGCGGUGCUGGCGGAGGAAUGAGCAGCGACGGGAGCCUCCAGAGCAGCGCCCAGGCCAACCUCCAGAGCCAGAUGAUGUCGAUGCUCUCGUCCAACAACAACGGCUCCUCCAUCUUCUCCUCGGGCCCCCACGGCGCCCUCCUGCAGACAGGCGGCGCAGGCACAGGUCCCGCCGGCCUCCUCGGCAGCCACGGCUCGGCCUCUGACUACAGCGCCGCCGCCAACGGCCUGACCUCCGCCACGGGGCACCACGGCGAGGCAACCUGGACGCCCCUGCACGCCAAGGGGGGCGACGCCUGGGGCACGCACCACCACCACCACCACCACGGCCACCACAUCCCCUACGACAACUACAGCACGGUCAUGGGCGGAGGAGAGAUGCUGAUGACGGGGCAGCACUUCCCGAUGGACAGCAUGAAGUCCGCCGCGGCCGCCUUCCACUACCCGACGCAGUACACGGCCGCCGCAGCAGCUGCCAACUUCAACCAACAGCUUCGCCACCACAAGGGAGCACCUCUCCCCCUCUUCUAA